AUGCUGCAAUGGAAAGGCGCAUCCUUUAUCCAGAGUUCCAUCGGGAAAGACGGUUGCUUUUCUGAAACGGAGUGUUGUGUUGUAAACGCGUUUAAUUUGAUUCCUGCGCGGCUGGUGGAGAGAUUCACUUUCCCGGAAAAUUCGAAGGAUUCUCUCACCUUUUUCAACGUCAAAAAUUUCCAAAACAAUACGCGCAGGCAGGAAGAGAAUGACGCUAUCUACGUUUUCGGUUGGUGGUCUGGAGAAAGAAAUAUCUCAGAAGCAGAACAGAUAUUUCUGCUCUGUUCCAUUUUCUAACAGAGCGAGUUCGUAGAUUCUCUUGGGUUUGUUUCAUUUAGAUCAUUGAAGCUUUGAAUCGGAUACUGCUCCGUAGUGGGGAAGAAGAAUCUGAUUCCUAUCGACCCGUUUCGUCAUCUGUCGAAUCUCUUGCUGAUUCCGAAAUUGGUUACUUUUUUCCGUAGUUUGGAUUGAAAAGACGAUCGCUUUCCAUUGGUUCAAACCCGGAAUGAUCGCUGUUAGAAGAUGAAUUCAGAAUCAUGAAAACGUUUUUUUACAAACAUGGAUUAGGCGCUGAAUCUGGGUUUUGAAGUAGUUGGUUCUUCAUGGCGUGUCUGUCUAUUUAUGGCGUUCCACGUGGCGAUUUAUUACAGGAGGAUGGGUUUGAAUUCCUUAUUUUGAGAUCAUCAUCGUACAGGAGGAAUUCCAUUCCAACAUCAAUUCCGAGGGAAAUUUCAGUUAAAAAGGAUGGCGCGAAAAGCAGCCAUUUUUGGCUAAGAGUUGAUCCCGCAAUAGUGGGAGCACCUUCGGUCGGAAAAUCUGGGGAAAAAAAAUCAUUGAAACUGUAAUUUUCCUUUUUUUUUUCUCUGGGCUAUUCAAAAGAUUAUCCCUUUCUUUUGGUUUCGUGUUCAAAGAUUCUUGGUUGUUGCUGUCUCCAGAUUAUUUCUACAACUUUCAGAUAUUCAGAGAUCCAUUCGUCUGUUGAAGUCGAAUUUCUCCGACAUCUGUUUGAUCGUCUGAGAAUAUUCUACCAUUUUGUUCUCCUGGAUUCAAGAGAAGAAUCAAGAGGAUUACGAGGAUUGCUGUUGAGGGUGAAGUAAAGGGCACCAAGAACUAGGGUUCGUCGGGAAUUUCAUGGAUAUCCAUAGGCAUACUAUAUGGAACCGAAUCACACGAAGAAACACAGUCAUGGAUCAAGCAGAAGCAAAGGAAGUAGGAGUGGAAGUGAUGGAGAUGGAGAGUCAACGGCCAGAGAAAGGAAUGAAAAGAAGAGUCUGUUCCAGAUAGGAGGGGGCAUUCCCAGCUUCGAGGAUAUCAAUGAUCGUCUCAAGAAAGAUACAGAAGCCAUCCAUGGGAUACAGAUCUCCAUGGGGUCCACAUCCCCAUCCCCAUCAUCAUCAUCAUCCCCAUCACCAUCAUCAUCAUCAUCGGAUGACAUGAUAGAGCUGAAAGCAAAGCAGGAUACAAAACCCCAUGUAUCUUCAGGAUUAGGCCAAUCACAAGGGUCCCCAGACAAUAAAACACCGAGAUUUCGAGUGUCUGUCCAGACAAAUGCAUCGGCAUGGCUUCCUCCGUUGUCCCCGACAAAGUCACCGCCAGUUCAAGUGAUGGAAAGGGAAGGAUACGAUCCACAGAGAAUACCGUCAUCCAUAUUCGAAAAGAGUGAGGCUUUGGAUUGGAGUGCAGCUUCGAACGAGUCGCUGUUUAGUCUAAGGAUAGGUGAUAACUUUCUAGCAAGGGAUCAAGACUUCAGUCUAGCGAGGAUUCGUGACAUCAGUCUAGCAAGGGAUAAUGUUUUUUCUUACAGCGACUUCAAAUCUGAGGAACUUAUAAAAUCGGGCGAGCUUUUAGCUUACUGCCCGUCUCUUCCUAUUCAUAUCGAGGAUUCAGAAGGGAAGACCUCUGAUGCCGAGGAGGAGGAGGAGGAAAGGAAUGGAGAAGCUGAGACAAUCAUGGAGACUGAAUCAGAAGCGAAGUCAUCAAUGCCGAUCCUUUCAUGGAGGGACCUCAGUGAAUUAGAUCAUAAUUCAGACCGAACCCUAAGCCAUUCGAAUAACUCAGAUCAAAGGCCGACAAGUUUGCAAUCUUUUUCAUCUCCGGAAAGGAAAAAGAGCGAGAAGAAAACUAAGACAGCUACAAAGAACAUCAAGAAAAAGAAAAAGAGGUGUUGUUGCUGCUGCUGCUGCUGCUGCAAGAACUGUCGGACAUGUCCAUGUCCAAACAAUGGCUGUUUCUCGAGCUGA